GUCACGGUCAGCCCACGCUCCGGCUGUGGACAGCGGCGCCUUCCUCUUACCCGCGGCCGGCGCUCCUCUCGCUUCGCAUCCUCGUCGGCUCCAGCUGGCCGCGGGAGUCCCGCCGCCGCUGCCGCCGCUGCGCUGUCCUCGGAGCCGCUGCUACCUCGGAGGAGGACAUAUACUUCUCCUCCCCUGUAAAUCUGUACCCCUGACCUUAAGGUGCUUCUCCACCGUCAGUGAAGAACCGCUGGUGAGGAGAGGAGAGUCCUGGUCCUGUCAAGCUCACCUAGCCAGGGACUGGCAGAGCCAGAAGUUUUAAAAUGGAAAAUUUCGAUGCGUCGCUCAGUACCUAUUUCAGGGCCUGGCUAGGCCCCCGAGAUACUAGAGUAAAAGGAUGGUUUCUUCUAGACAAUUACAUACCUACAUUGGUCUCCUCUGUCAUUUAUUUAUUAAUCGUAUGGCUGGGACCAAAAUACAUGAAGAAUAAACAGCCAUUCUCUUGCCGAGGAAUUUUAGUGGUGUAUAACCUUGGACUCACUUUACUGUCUCUCUAUAUGUUCGUCGAGCUGGUGACGGGAGUAUGGGAAGGCAGAUACAACUUCUUCUGUCAGGGCACGCGCAGCGCUGGAGAAUCAGAUAUGAAGAUUAUCCGUGUCCUCUGGUGGUACUACUUCUCCAAACUCAUAGAAUUCAUGGACACCUUCUUCUUUAUCCUGCGCAAGAACAACUACCAGAUCACAGUCCUGCACGUCUACCACCAUGCUUCCAUGUUCAACAUCUGGUGGUUUGUGAUGAACUGGGUCCCCUGUGGCCACUCCUAUUUUGGUGCCACACUUAACAGCUUCAUCCACGUACUCAUGUACUCAUACUAUGGCCUGUCGUCAAUCCCAUCUAUGCGUCCGUACCUGUGGUGGAAGAAGUACAUCACUCAGGGGCAGCUGGUCCAGUUUGUUCUGACAAUCAUCCAGACCACCUGUGGGGUCAUCUGGCCAUGCUCAUUCCCGAUGGGGUGGCUGUAUUUCCAGAUUGGAUACAUGAUUUCCCUCAUCAUCCUCUUCACCAACUUCUACAAUGAGACCUACAACAAGAAGGGGGCCUCCCGGCGGAAAGACCACCAGAAUGGCUCCGUGGCCACCGCCAACGGGCACACCAACGGCGUCCCCGCCCUGGAAAGCAGCGUGAAGCCCAGGAAGCAGCGGAAGGACUGAGCCUCGGUGGCCGCGCCUCCCACGCCGAGAUUGUAAGCACAGCGCGUGGUGCCCACCCGCGCAGCUGCUGUCCUGCCCGGCCUGCGUAGUUGAUUGUGUAGGGCCACCUCCAUCGUCCACACCCCUCAGUGCGUGCGCCAGUUACCCUUGUAGGCUAAGACUCCUCACGUUUCUGGGCUCCCGUGACCCCCGCUCUAGACUGUGGAAAGGGAGUUAUACUGUAGUAUAUGACACUGCUGUUGCCUUAUUAGUUAUAACAUGAUAGGUGCUGAAUUGUGAUUCACAAUUUAAAACACUGUAAUCCAAACUUUUUUUUUAACUGUAGAUCAUGCAUGUGAUUGUACAUGUAAAUUUGUACAAUGUUGUUACAGUAGAGAAACACACAUGCCUUAAAAUUUAAGAAGCAGGGCCCAAAGCUUAUUAGUUUAAAUUAGGGUAUGUUUCAAGUUUGUACUCAUUUGUAAUAGCUCUGUUUAGAAAAAUCAGAGAUGAGAUUUAUGAAAUCAUCAUGUGAUAUAAUUUCAAGUGACUUGUGGACGUGAAAUCAGAAGCGGCACCUUCAGUUUUGUAGGAUUGGCUUUCAGUCAGGCAAGCGCAAACCUAGUGGGGCAGUCAGUUUAACUUUUUAACAAAUCUUAUUUUUUUAUUUUGAGUGCCAUGAUUAAUGAUGUAAAGGGGGGCUCUAAAACAGUCUCGAUGAAACUUAAAUAUAUAUUCUUGUCCUCAAGAUUUUAGGCAGAGUGUAGUGGGUAGGCCGUUUUUAAUUUCUGAAGUGCUAAGUGUUUUUAUACAGAAAAAAGUCCAUUUUGCUCUUCACCACUGUGAGAGAAAGUGUAUCCUUUUAAAGAGAGAUGAGUCCGUAGUUCCUGUUUGACAGGCGUCCCAUGUCCUAGCCAUGGAGAGCCACCUGCUAAGGCCACACCUGAACUGGUCCUGUGCUGCUGUAUGUUUUAACACAAACUUCCUUCUAAAUGUGCCUAUUUUACUACAAUUAAAGGGGAAAAACUUUUAAAAUUAAGGCAAAAUUAAACAGAUGACUAUAGCCUAAGAGAACUUGGAAAUUGGAUAGUGACAGGUAACUUGUUCAGUGGAAAUUUAAUAGCACCUGUAAUUUUUUUCUGCUUAGAACCUAAAGAACUAUUUAAAAUAGCUUGUUUAAAAGUAAUAGACUGCUUAUCAUAAAAUCAUGUCUCACACUCGAGGCAAGUGGUCAAACAAACAGGGACUGUUUUGUGUGUCAUUUUGUUCAAGUGUAGCCUCUGAAUUCCUUCUCCUUUGGGAAACAAAGUUCACUGAACCACUGGUGAUAUCGGAGAAGAUCCUUGACAAUGUAUGAACUAACUGGGUUUGAUGUGUAUGUGAAUGCCCGUUUACCAUGCUUUGAUUUUGCACAUUCAUACUAGAGAGAGCCGGCCGCCGGCUCUCAUGCUAGUCCUGUGGGUUUCUGUGUGGAAGGCGUUGCAGCCUCGGUUUACACGGCCCUGACAGCUCUCGCCUGUGUGUCCUUGUGUGUGUCUCCGUCCCUAGGUACUAGUUCGCAGUUGUCCUUACCUAUUUCCAUCCAAAAUGGUAACACUCAGUGGCUGCCGUCAGAGUGCUUAGCUCACGUGGAUAUCCUACACUGUCAAAUGAUGUCUAAACAUUAAUCAUUAAAAUGUUUUUGAUUACCGGUG